GAAAAAAAAAAUAUUACAAAUACUAUAUUUGGAGUCAUGGUGGUAUGAAAAGGGAAGAACCCCACUACUCCAUUUAGACAACUUUUGGCACAUGCCCAUAGUAGUAUCUUAAUUGACCCAAAUCCUGACCCUAUUUACCCAAUUACCCUUCUUUCUCAUCCCGACCCGUAUAAAAAGGCCAAAACCCGAUUUUCAGUGAGAUAUGAAGAAACAGAAAUCUACAGUAGCAAACCUUUAAUCUAACCUCUCAUGGCGGUUUCAGAAAACACCAGAUAUUCUCUACUUCCAAGCUACCUUUACUCCACCAAGGGAUUCUCAUCACUUAACCAAUUCUCUGUCAAUAGCCGUGUUUCAAACACUAGUUUGGCGGAAAAUGGAUCAACCAAAAUGAAUAGCUUUUUGAUUCCUUCAGCAAGUGAACCAUCCAAGAAGAUCGAGAUGUAUUCGCCUCAGUUUUAUGCUGCUUGUUCUGUUGGUGGUGUUCUUAGCUGUGGACUUACUCAUAUGGGUGUCACUCCUCUUGACCUUGUGAAAUGUAAUAUGCAGAUUGACCCAGCCAAGUACAAGAGUAUCAGCUCUGGUUUUGGUGUUUUGCUCAAGGAGCAGGGAGCCAGGGGCUUCUUUAGGGGAUGGGUUCCUACGCUUCUUGGUUACAGUGCUCAGGGUGCCUGUAAAUUUGGGUUCUAUGAAUUUUUCAAGAAGUACUAUUCUGAUAUUGCUGGCCCAGAGUAUGCUGCCAAGUAUAAGACAUUGAUAUACCUUGCCGGUUCAGCUUCAGCUGAAGUGAUUGCCGAUGUGGCCCUCUGUCCCUUUGAGGCUGUAAAGGUCAGGGUGCAAACUCAGCCUGGUUUUGCCAGAGGAUUGUCGGAUGGGCUCCCCAAGUUUGUCAAGUCUGAUGGAUUUGGCGGGUUGUACAGGGGAUUGGGUCCACUUUGGGGUCGCCAGAUUCCAUACACAAUGAUGAAAUUUGCAUCAUUUGAGACUGUUGUUGAACUUAUCUAUAAACAUGCUAUCCCAAUCCCAAAGAGUGAGUGCAGCAAGAGUUUGCAGCUUGGAGUGAGCUUUGCUGGUGGAUACAUUGCUGGUGUUUUGUGUGCUGUUGUCUCUCAUCCUGCUGACAACCUUGUUUCAUUCCUGAACAAUGCAAAGGGAGCUACUGUUGGUGAUGCUGUGAAAAAAAUGGGCUUGUGGGGUCUUUGCACUCGCGGGCUUCCUAUUCGUAUUGUCAUGAUUGGUACCCUCACCGGAGCGCAAUGGGGUAUCUAUGAUGCCUUCAAAGUCUUCGUGGGCCUGCCAACAACUGGUGGUGUAACUCCUCCGGCAGCUGCCACCGAGACUGCCCCUUCCGAGGUAUGAUGAUGUUGACGAUCGAAUAAAAAGGUCAGUCAACCAGUUUUGGAUGUUGCAUAGGAGUGUUAAUAAACAACCGGACUGCUGAUAUCGCUCACUGGAUGGUGGGAAAAAUCUGUUCAUUCAUGCCUAUUUCUGAAACUUCUUGUAGCUUGGGUAAGAUACUUUCAAGGAUAGCUUUAUCCUCAUAUCUUAAUUGAGAAUUCUUAUAAUUAUGCAUAUUAAAUAUCAGAGGUCUCGUUUUUAUUGUUUUGCCCCACUAGGAAUUGCCAUCAAGCAAUGACAGGAUAAUAGUUGGGGAUUAUACUUUGUUCAAUUCUUUACUACAGCUGUGUUGCUGUUAAUAUUACAGUAAUUUUUGCUCUAAUUUAAUCUGAGAAUGCAUGGAAUAUCUUUGCUUUGCAUCU